AAAAAGGUGCCAUCAAGAAAAAAAAUACAGACACUGCUAAACAAGAAAUUUGAAGAAAACAUAUGUGAACUUAAGACUGAACUUUCUGAGGUCGAUGCUGUGUGCACAACAGCAGAUUGCUGGUCAGCUGUGAACAAAGCAUUUAUGGGCAUCACUAUCCACUGGCUAAACAAGACUGAUGUUUCUAAGAGACACUCUGCAGUACUGGCAUGCCGGCAGAUUAAAGGAGCACAUACACACGAUGUGUUGGCAAAAUUAUUGUCAGAUGUCAACAAAGAAUUCAAAAUCCACAACAAGGUUGUGUGUACAGUAACAGACAACGCUGCAAAUUUUGUCAAGGCGUUCAACUGUUUUGGGAUGGAUGUUGCUAUUGAUACUGAAGAGCCAGAGACAGUGGUCCACUUUGAUGAAACUAAAAGUGAAGAUGACAAUGAACCAGAGUCAGCCUUUGCUGACUCAGAUGAAGAUGACCAGAUGGAGCCUGAGUCUCUCUCACGUCUGGAUCAUCCCUCUCUCCCCCCUCAUAGAAGGUGCAUGGCUCACACCUUGAAUCUAGUGGCCAAAGAUACGGAAAAGGUAACUGUGCCACAUUAUAAAACUAGAUGGAGGUCUGUUUUUGCAAAAGCAUCUGCUCUGUGGAACCGGGUUAAGCGAAGUCCAAAGGCUUCUGAUACUGUGGAAGAAAAGCUUGGGAUUGGCUUUGUUGUGCCAAAUGACACAAGAUGGAACUCUAUAUUUCUUGCCAUGGAGCGACUGUCUCGCAUAGCAGCCCUAACUACCAAGGCAGAAAUGAAUGCGGCUGAGGUCACCCCUGCAAAUGAUGCCACUCCCCUACACGACGAGCUGAUUCUGCACACUGUGAGUGAUGAGUUUGGCUUUCGUCGAUUUUCUCCACAUGAAGUCAACUUCAUACACAAGUUUGUGGAUGUGAUGAGGCCUUUAGCACUUGCACUAAACAUCCUCCAAGCAGAGAAGAACAUCUUUCUUGGCUACCUGGCUCCAACCAUUGUGCAGCUGCAAUGUCAUAUGAAUGACCUGUUGGAUGAGAGCAUGAAGCCCACUGCUGCAGAGGGUCUCAUUACAUGCCGUCCCCUCAUAGAGAGCAUCUUGCAGUCACUGAGCGCAAGGCUGGCAGGUCUUCUGGAUAAGAGGGAGCACAUACUCUCCGCUAUGCUGGUACCAAGAUUCAAGCUAGACUGGGUCCAAGAUGAGGAGAAACGUAUGCAGUACAGAUUGAUGCUGAAAAGAGAAUUUCAAACCCUCAACUCUGAUGACUCAGCUGCAAGAGACUCAGGUCAAGCCCAGUCCAGCGGUGAAAGUGACAAGAAAGAUCCUGCAGCUUCAUUCUUCAGAUUUAACAGAAAACCUCAGAUUUCUCAAAAAACUGAAGUGGACAUCUAUUUGGAAGCCCCAACCACAGAUGGGUUUGAUGAAUACAUGCAGUUUACAAAGCUCAAAAGGCUGUUCAUAAAACACAACACUGCACUGCCCUCAAGCGCUCCAGUAGAGAGGCUCUUCAGCAUCGGUGGUCUAAUAUUCAGGCCCAGGAGAAACCGGCUGGGAGAUGCCAACUUUGAGAAGCAGCUGAUUUUGAAUGCCAACAAAAAGAUUUGAAGGAAGCAAGAAACAGCAGGGAUCCACCAGGGAGAGACCACAGUGACCAGUGACAGAGGAUCUUCAUUCAAGGGGUUUUCAGGCUGGACAGAAAGUAACACUGCCUUUUGCCCUGCAAACUUUUGGACUUUUUUCCCCAUUAAUUGUUAUUAUUAUUAUAGUUAUUUAUGUGCACUGUAACCAGUGACAGAUCUUCAUUCAGUUAAGGUAUUUUCACUCACUGGACAGAAAGUAGUAGUUCUGUCCAUGACCUUGGACUCCGACUAACUCUUUUUAAGUUAUUGUGUUUUGUUUGUUUUGUUGUUGUUUUGUUUUGUUUUUUACUUAUUCAUUUGGGCUGAAUAUUGCACUUUUAUGACCCAAGUUCUAGAACGUUUCUUUUUCUUUGGGCAAACAAGUCAGGAAAAAAUCAAUUCACUAAAAACUGAAAAGUGACUUAAUGAAAAGAUAAAUAAUGUUUAAAUGUUUUGCACUUUGAAUGUUGCACUUUGAGGUACAUCUUUAGUUUCCUACCUCAGCCUAGU